AUGGAUGAAGAGACAACAAGGUUGAAUCAUGCUAAAAGGAAGGAAGCAAUAGCUACAAAACGUGCUAGAAACAUACACAAUGAGAAAGCAAGUACAACCGAGAUUAACACGUCAAACAUAAUUGAUCGUUCCCUUCAGAUAGAGGUGGAUGAUCAUGAGAGUAUUGACAAUACUGCUAGCAAUGAAAACAAUGUUUCAGAUUAUUGGGAUAUUGGAGAUCCAAUAUGGGAAUGUGAAUAUUGUGGUGCAAUGAUGUGGUUCGAGGAAAGAGCAAAAAAACAUAUCAAAACUGAGAAGCCCAAGUUCUCACUUUGCUGUAUGCAAGGCAAAGUUGUGCUACCUUUACUACGUUGCCCUCCACAACUCCUCAGUGACUUGCUUGAAGGAAAACAUCCAAGAAGUAGGAACUUUAUCGAGAACAUACGACCAUAUAAUAUGAUGCAUUCGCUCGCAUCCAAAGUUUUCUCAGCUUUAUAUAUAUAUGACACAGAACAUGAGAUUGCUAAUAGAAAGGCUGCUUAUAGUUCUAGAAAUCCCGAAAAUUUUGAAGAUCCUCUAAUUGCACAAUUACAAGAUAUGAUAGAUGAACACAAUCCUCUUGCAAAGAAUUUUAGGAUGGCUAGAGAUCGCUUUAUUAGUGAUUCGUGUCAAAAUGUUCGGUUACAACUAAUUGGAAGGAGGGAUAUUGAUGGUAGGACAUAUAAUUUACCAACAACAUCUGAGGUUGCUGCGUUAAUAGUUGGAGACAUUGAUACUGCAGAUAAAAGAGAUAUUAUUAUUGAAACACGAAAUGGAAAAUUAAAGCAAAUUUCUGAACUCCAUCCUUCUUAUCUACCUUUGCAGUAUCCCCUUCUCUUCCCAUAUGGCGAGGAUAGAUAUCGGGUGGAUGUUUUCCAUAGAGAUAAAAGUCCCCCUAUUGGCAAUUCAAAAAAAAGAGACAGACUUACUAUGAGGGAAUGGUUUGCGUAUCGGAUGCAAGAUCGUAAAAAUGAGCCCCCCACCAUACUACUUUCGCGACGACUAUGCCAGCAAUUUUGCGUCGAUGGAUAUACGAUGAUGGAAGCUGAACGAUUGUCGUUUGUCAAGUAUAACCAACAAAGUUUUAGAGCGGAUAAUGUAAAGAACCUAAGGGGAGCAACAGAACGAGGAGAUACAGAAGGUGCAUCUACCGGUAGUCGUGUUGUUAUACCAGCCUUCUUCACUGGAGGACAUAGUUACAUGAGAGAGAAUUACCAAGAUGCGAUGGCUAUUUGUAGGUGGUACGGCUACCCAGAUCUGUUUAUAACCUUCACAUGUAACCAAAAGUGGCCCGAGAUCACACGGUUUGUAUCGAAGAGGGGCUUAAGACCUGAAGAUAGACCGGAUAUUAUAUGUCGAGUGUUUAAGAUGAAACUUGAUCAGCUGGUCAAAGAUUUAAAGGAUAAAAACAUCCUCGGCCGAGUACGAGCAUAUAAAAUUAUUUGUGCUCAGCUGCCAAACAAAGAUAAAAAUCAAGAGUUGUACGAUGUUGUCACAGAGUUCAUGAUCCAUGGUCCAAGUGGUGCUUUGAACCAUGAUGCGCCAUGUACCACGGAGAAGAAGUGCACAAAAAAUUUCCCAAAAAGGUUCAAUGAGAGAACAACUGUUGAUGAAGAUGGAUAUCAUGUUUACAGGAGAAGAGAUAGUGGUGCAACCGUCGAAAAGAAUGGCAAUGGUGCAACCAAUCUAGAUCGAUCAACUAUUUGUUUAAGUAUAUCAAUAAGGCCGGGGUAUGAUAGAGUCACGGCAACAGCGUACCGAAACCGUCAAAACUCUGAAGAUCCAAAGGAAAUAGAUGAAAUCAAAAUGUAUUAUGAUUGUCGAUACAUAUCCCCAUGUGAAGCCAUGUGGAGGAUUUUUGGUUUCACUAUUCAUUAUAGAACACCGGCUGUCGAAAGGUUGAGUUUUCACUUGCCUGACGAGCAGACCGUGCUUUACACUGAUGAUGCUGAUUUAGAAUCCGUGCUCGAGAGACCUAAUAUUGAGAGGACAAAAUUUUUAUCAUGA